AUGGUGAAUUCGAAAAAACGUGAUAUAUUAGAACGUUAUCGUGCGUUAUUGGAGAAUAAUAUUGUUUUAACAGAUAAUUUACUUGGAUGGUUAAAUGAUAGAAGAGUUCUUCCUGAAUUUGUAUUUGAUGAUAUUAGAGUUAUAUCAUCGCCAGCUGAAAGAAAUAAAAAAUUUCUAACAAGUAUUAUGGAAAAUGGAGAUACAGCUUAUACAAAAUUAGCUGAAGGUUUAAUUGCAAAUGGACAACCAUUUUUAGGUGAAUUUCUCGAAACUGAAGGUAUUGAUAAAUUAAGUUCGAAUACACGAGAUAAAUUAAAAACAUAUCUUCAAGAACAAUUAUUAAAAGCUCAUUUAAAUGAAACAUGGCAAAGUCAAGGUCAAGGCAAAUCAGUUGAGUUGAUUAAUCUUAAAAGACAACAUUAUGAAACUCGACAACAAUUAGUUGAAACUGUCGAAGAAGAAAAACGUGUUGUUAACAAUUUAAAAGAAUCACUUCGACAUGAACAAUUUGUUCGACAACAAAAGGAAGAAGAAGUAAAAGAAUUACGAAAUGAAUUAGGAAAAAUUCAAUCAGAUCAUGAUCAAAAAUGGUCAAGUCAACUUAAAAUGACCGAUGCAAAUACCAGAAGUAUAUUUAAAAUGAAUGAUAAAAUGACCGUACUAAACGAUUGGUUUCGUUCUAUUGAUGAUAUUUUAAAACUAAGUAUAUCACAAACACAAACUGGUGUAGAAUUUGAUUCAGCAGAACAACUACAAACUAAACUUAAACGAUAUGCAACAGAAAUUGAAAUUCUUCGAAGUGCAGGCAUUGGUACGGAAAAAAUGAAAGAAGAAAUUUAUGAAUCACUUUAUACAAGUCGAUAUUUACCAAUUACGGAUCGAAAAAAUCAACCAUUUCAUGAUUUAUUAGUACGUUUUUAUGGUGCAAAUCAAGUUAAUGAAUUAUCAGCAAUAUGUACAAAAGAUGUUUUACAAGUGAAAUUAGAACGUGAUCAAGCGAAUGAUAUUCGAUUACGCGAUAUUAAAAUUGAUGAACUUAAUCGUCUUAAUCGAGAUUUACAAACUGAAAUUGAUCGUCUUAAAACAAAACCAGCACCAGCAGCACCACCAUCACCACCUGCCGAACAGCCAAUUAUUAAACCUAAUAAACCAGUAUGGCGUCCAACACCUAUUUCAAAAGCAGUACCACAUCGUGAAAAACUUCAAGCUCGUCAAACAUUAAAACCAAUAUCUGUUCAAUUUAAUGGAAAACCUCCUACAUAA